UAUAUAUAUAUAUAUGUAUGUAUAUCCUAUCUCAACGACUGGCCUGGACUACCUACCGUGAAAACACACUUGGAACGCCUCUCUAGAGGACCACUUGAUCCAUUCACGGAUGGACUCUCCAUCGGUUCGGUUCGUCUCCGACUGUUUCGUCCAGCCACGACAUGCCGUCGAAGAAUCAAGGAAGCCGAUUUACUUGCCUCCAUGGGACCUCGCGAUGCUCUCUGGGCAUUACAUCCAGAAGGGACACCUAUUCGUCAAACCUCAAGAGGCAAAUGCCCAGGAGGACUUCAUGGAGUCCUUCUCGGAGAAGCUUAAGGAGUCGCUAGCACUCACCCUCGUCCACUUUUACCCGCUCGCCGGACGGUUCAAAACUGUCAAGAGCGAUGACCCGCAUUUCUACACAGUCUACAUAGAUUGCGUGAAUAGCCCCGGAGCGAGAUUCAUCCGCACGACUCUCGACAUGACUGUCUCGGACAUCCUGUCCCCAGUGUAUGUGCCACCAGUGGUCCUGUCGUUCUUCGAUCAUGAUCGAGCGCUCAACCACGUCGGUCACACUGAGUCCCUCCUCUCGAUUCAGGUUACCGAGCUCGUGGAUGGCGUCUUCAUCGGAUGCUCUUUUAACCAUGCUCUUGGUGAUGGAACUUCCUUCUGGAAUUUCUUCAACGCCUGGUCAGAGAUUUUCAAAGCACGAGAGAAAGGCACUUACAACAAUGCCAUCUCGCGUCCGCCGGUUCUUCAGAGAUGGUUCCCGGAGGGCUGUGAGAUCCCCAUAAAUCUCCCUUUCAGUGAUCCCUCCGAGUUCGUUUUCCCCUUCGAAGCGCCCGUCUUGAAAGAGAGAGUGUUCCAAUUCUCUGCUGAAACUACCGCACGACUUAAAGCACAAGUCAACGGAGAGUGCGGGACGAAAGGGAAAGGCGACGAGAUCUCGUCCUUUAAGGCAUUGACUGCGCUCGUAUGGAGGUGCAUCAUACGGGCACGUCGGUUCCCGGACGACCAGGUCACAAGCUGCAGGAUGGCUGCAAAUAACCGGCCUAGGAUGUGCCAGCCCGGCCUUCCCCCAGACUACUUCGGCAAUUGCAUCACGCCCGUGAGGACCUACACAACCACCGGCGAGCUGCUCAGUGGCGGGCUUGGGGCGGCAGCACGGCUGCUCCAUGUGGCAGUGGCAGAGCACAAUGGCGAGAAGAUCAAUGAAUGGCACCGGGAGUGGCUCCGGAAGCCUGCUAUCUACAAUCUCAGGUACUUUGACCCCUACAGCGUCAUGAUGGGGAGCUCACCGAGGUUUAAUAAGUAUGGUCCCGAGUUUGGUUUAGGGAAGGCUGUGGCCCUUAGGAGCGGUUACGCAUUUAAGUUUGACGGAAAGGUUUCGGCAUACCCAGGUCGGGAAGGUGGAGGAAACGUGGACCUCGAAUUCUGCCUGCCACCUGAUACAAUGGCAGCACUCGAGGCUGACAACGAAUUCAUGGCAGCAGUUGCGGUUUAAUUAAGUCAUGUUCUACUGAUUGUAGUCAUUACUGAGGCUAGGGUCGUGUCUCCUGGUUUGAUGCUUCAUUUCUCAACUAUUACUUAUGUUUUCGGAUGAGAUCGAUGGAAAUUAGACGCGAGUAAUUAAUAACGGAAUGCUCAUAUGUUGUUGGAGUCUUCCCUUUGCCAAUGUUCAGAUUCUGUUCUUUUCAUGUUAUGGAUGUUGGAUGUUAGUGCUACCUGCUAUUGGAACAGCUUGAGCACGACAAUGUGGUGAAGGUCAUUGGAAUUGCCCGAGGCUCACAAGACGAAGGUCAAGAAGGCCAUGGAGGUCACGAGGACCGCAGUCCAGCAGCAGGGCGAUCAAUAGCCUCAUCGAGAAGCAUAAGCUCAUGUUGUAACCGUGUUGUCAUUAUCAUAUUCUGAGUCUGGCGCUCCUCGGUUGAGAAUCGCUGGCCAUUGUCUGCCAAUAUCACCCGAAUGCACAAUGCUGAAAAACUUGGAUGAACA